AGUUUUCCUGCUAACUUUUCAGUCGCCUGGAUGAACAGCAGCAGCAGCAGCAUGUUGGUGUUUCGCUCCUGGAUCCUGUGCGCCGCCUGGUUCUCCUGCCUCUUCAGCUCAGCCUCCUGCAGACAUGGCAGAGAUCAUGGAGGGAACCCUGACCCAAUCAUCUUCAACGAGCUCUGCGCCCUGAAAGAUGAGUCCGGGCCGUGCAAGGCUCUCAAGCAAAGAUACUUUUUCGAUGUCAACUCAGGAGGCUGUGAGCUCUUUGAGUACGGAGGCUGUCAAGGGAACGCCAACAACUUCGAGACGUUGGAAGAAUGCGAAGAGGCUUGCGUCGUCUCAAAGGACAAGAACCCAUGUCAUUUACCGCAGGCUGUGGGUCCCUGCCGAGGUCUGGUCAAACGCUUCUUCUUUGAUACUGCGACCCAACAGUGCAAGCAGUUCUAUUACGGCGGCUGCUUUGGCAACGCCAACAACUUCAGGAGCAUGACCGAAUGCCAGAGGAGAUGUGAGAACCCAGAUGCUCCUACAGUUUCUACAGAAACCCCUGUGAUCACUGUGAGGAAACCCAUCAUGGUCCAGCCAGACAUUGUAAAAGAAGUACGGAUUCUGAGUGAACCUCAAGUCCAGCUAAAUGUCUCUGCUGAACCACAGAAUGAAGUACGGAUUCUGAAUGAACCUGAAGUCCAGCUAAAUGUCUCUACUCAACCACAGAAUGACUUUAGCACUUCGGACAUCUGCUUCAGUCCCAUCGACACAGGAACAUGCAGCCUCGCUCUCAAGAGAUAUGCAUAUAACCCAGAAACCAAGAGAUGCCAGAUGUUUGUCUACAGCGGCUGUGGAGGAAACCACAACAACUUCCAUAGCCGUAAACACUGCUACCACAAGUGCAUCAGGGGCAAAAAGGGUCGCAGGAGUUGGAUGAUCCCAAUAAGGAAGAAAAAUAUCAACAGAGUUCUGAACCGCUCGAUCCGAACACUCAGCCCUGUGGAGCUCCAGUAGCCAGGAGGAAUUUGUAUUUAUCUCUGUAUUAUAGUUUUUGCGGCCAUUUUGAAAUGUUCACAGCAUUCAAGUCUUCAUCACGUGGUUUCUGCUAAAAGUCUCCUACUAAAAAGGAUAGAUUUCAAUCACACAUAUUGAAAUGUUCAUUUUAAUACCUUUUUUUUCCUUUGAUUCUUUGUUGUUUUUCUCCCAAAAUGUAUUGAUUAAUUGGACUCCACUGGACAAUACUGUGCAAAACUCCUUAUGUCCUCCUUCCAAAGCAGCCAGGCUUUGCUAUAAUCAUUAAUCAUCUUCAUCAAAUUCUAAGCAGGGUUCCUGAAGGUCUUCUGUUGCUUUGGCUGCAUUUUUUAUUCAGUCUUAUAUCAUCCUACCAGUAGCCUGUCAAUUUAAUUCAACCAAUCUAAUACAGAAAUAAUAACAGUGAUCCUGGUGGGAGAUUGCUCGCUGUAUAAGAACAGAGUAAAAAGGCACAAAGAAAGGUUUGAAUGAGCUCAAAGACCUCUAACAGAUCAGAGGAGAAUCUGUCUAUUUAGGAGGAUAAAGGAAGUUAUAGGAGGUGGUUUUACUUUUGCAAGUGACUUGUUUUUAGAAACAAGAUAGAAAUAUGCAAACAGGUCUAGAGUCUUACUUCUUUAAAACCUUAGCUCAUUUUAAACCUGAAGCCACUUCUGCCUUUGAUCGUUUUUAUUAUGUAUUUGCAGCAAACCAGCAGAGCUUCUUUAUUUUUCUCCACAACUGAAACAACACAGCUUUAAGACACAUUUUGUUUCAAUUCUGAUCUGAUCUUCCAUUUUUAAAAUCUUUCCUCAGGCUCUUUACAAUGAAUAAUUUCACUUUUUAGUGUUGUGUAUGUAGUUUUAAACACAAUCUCUGAAAGAUUUUAAACUCUAAAUUAUAACCUGAAAAAAGAAGUACGCCACUAUGUUUAUCUGCAAUAAUAAACAAGGUUUUUAUAAAAGAUUACAGGAAUACAAAAAAAUGUAUUAAUUGAAACAGCGAAUGUAUGGAAGUCUGAACUGUUAUCAAUAAUACUUGAGAUUAUUUGAAAAAAGGAUUCAUUUUUGUGGUAAUAUAUGGAAAAUAUUUUGCAGUUGAUAAUUAGAUGAACUCUAGGGGUUCUUGAAAAGUCAUAUUAAGCGAAGAAAAGAAAACUUUUUUUUUCUUUGCAUUUUCCACCCCUGAAUCA